GGAAUCCCCGAUUCUAUAUGUGGACAAGUCGUGUCGACAGUUCAAAGUAUUCCUCCGCUACCCAAAGUGCACUCGUCCUGCCUAUCAGUCGUACCAAGGCAGCUGUACAGUCUAGGAUGAGUUCAGGUUUUCAGACUAUCACUCCAGGGAACAGUGACAAAAACUGGUUGAAUCAACCAUGGGUGGAAGCAGUUCGUAAUUUUGGCGAUUAUCCAGAGGCUAUCUUGUUUGAAGCAUACAAGGUAGCAAGAUCAAAAGCUGCAAAUCACCCUGUUACUGCAUCAGAAAUUUUGGAAAUUCUUGAGCAGAAACAAUUUCCGUUGCAGAAUUUACCAAAGCAAACACCAACUUUCCUUUCUGUUUCAAAAAACUAUGGGAGUGAUGGAGAAUCUGAUUCUGAGUACCAUUCAUUAGAAGCAGAGUUUUCAGGUGACGGUUGUAGAGGUGACAGUGAUUUAGAGACUGACGGAGAAAUUCAAUCUGCACCGUCCUCGUCUGUAAGACAGCUAGACGAACAAAAGGUAAAGGAGUAUAGUGUUGGAAAUACAGACAAAAAGACUGUUGGGGACCUUAAGCUGAAAUACAGGGCCUUGAAAAAUGAAAAUAAAUACCUGAAAGAGAAGAACACAUGCAGAAAAUGUCAGAUGCGGCCAGUCUCUGUCACAUUUUUGCCCUGUGGCCACUACUCACACUGCUAUGAUUGUGGCCAGACAUUUUCUGCGUGCCCAGUUUGCAAGAAGACCAUCCUUGCUGAUGUCAAGACCUACUUAGCCUGAACUUUAAUUGCCUGAUUAUCUGCCCAUAUUUACUUCUCAUUUAGUGUAAGCCUUCCAAUAUCUGUUUCAACACAACAUAAAGUUGAUUAACAGAAAAAAAGAAACACAAUUACCACACUGACUUCUCCUACACACUCAUUGCAUUAAAUAAUUGCAUAGGUUCUGUGGAUCCUGAGAGCUUUCUGUAAAAUAUAUUUUAACUUGAGCAGAGAUGCACAUUGUUCUUUAUGUUUUAAAGAAAGCAUCCAGGUAUCACAAGCCCUUAAGUUUGUGUGUGUUGCAGUGAAUAUAUCACUUGCAGUUGGUUCCGUAAUGCUUGCAAGUUGCAUAACUUACAGUAGGUUGGUUAGUACAUUGCAAGGCAGAUUUCUUACUCGGUGGGUGAAACACUAAUUCAAAUGAAAAGUUAAGCUCAUUAUUAUUUCUUGAUGUGUAAAUCUGGAGAGGAUACAUCUUUUUUUGGUUUUCGUCUCUUUACAUUAUGACACGAAAAGAGAUGCCAAUAUUGCUUUAUAAGUGUUUAUAAGUGUUUGCUGUGAAUUUUUUUACUUUCUAUGCAAGCUUAACUAGCAUAUCAAGCUGAAAAACAGUGUUACGUUAAUGUUUUUUGCCCUUGAUUUGUUUGUUCAGUUUGGAUUGUGUGUUUUCGUUGAUGUUAAUGUUUGGUGGGUUUUAUAAAUUGUCACUAAAUUUUUUGUUGUUGUUUAAAAUUGUUUAUCACUUAUGAAACAUGUUUAGGAAAUAGUUAUUUUCAACAUGAUUAUCUGGCGAUGGACAUGCUGUUGUCUGCAAGACUUUUCUGCCAUUUGUGCAGCAAUUUUUACAAAUCUAUUGCUGUCUGGCUGGGUUGAUCAGAGCAUAGGAUUUGCAUCAUUUGACCGUUUUACUUAAAAUAUAUGAGAAAAUUAUGUUUGGUUUAUUGCGAUACUUUAAAAUGUACUCAGUUACUUAUACUUGCAUUAGCACUGCUAAUAAGCCUUUGUUUCGAAAGAGCUUGCUGCUUGACUCAUUCAGCCAGUCUGGCAACUUUAAUCGCAUCAUUUUCGGUGAGAGCAGCCAAUGCUAUUUGAGAGAAGUUCACCAUUUGGUGCUUAUGUUUGCUUUCUUGCGGAGACGCCUUUACACGGGAAGCAUACAAAAAUGGCAUUCAAAUGGGGGUAUUUUUCUGAAAAAAUAGAAGCCAGGGGCAUAUGAUUUUAUCAGAUAUCACCACUUCCUUGUUCUACGAUUAUAAAAUCACAGAAGAAUUUAACUAAAAUGGCUUUGCUCUUCAAUUUCGUCAUAGAAACAGACAUAUGCUGCUUGAUAUAUUUUAUGUACAAACAGUUUGCUUAGAUGAUGUUAUUUUUCUGUAUCCUUAUCAGUUGCAUUACUAAUUCUGUCAAAUUAUAGGUAAUGGAAAGAGAAUACAUGAUCUGCAUAGCAUGACAAUAACGCUAGUGGAAAUAUUCAGCCCUAGUCAGGAAACUCCCUCUUAGAAUAUAGCCCAGUAAAUGUUCUAUUUUCAUUGAGGUUGAGGUUUUACAAUGAGAAUCAGCAAUAAUAUCAAGAAACGUUUUGAAAUAUAAUAAGAAUGCAGUUGCUUUGGUCUGCUAGUGAUAAAGUGCAGUUCCUGUACUGGUGCCAUUUCUAGCGAUCUAGUACUAGUUCAUAAGACUGCAUUUUUUAAUUUAGUCAGCUUUGUGAAAUAAUCACUUGGAUUAUUAUUAUUACUCGUGAGACUAAAACUGCAACCAGACAUGGUCAGAUGUAAAUUGUGGUCAUGUUAGUCCUGUUACUCAGUGAUGAGAUAAUGGUUCUUUUAUUGAUUGCAAAGUCAGACAACUGUUAUUAAAAAAAGAACAGAAAUAGACAUUUACUACUUUUAUUAAAGGUCUAUGUAGCAGCUAAAGACAUCACAAAACUAUAUGAGAUAUCUGUUUUGUUCUACUACUGUAGAGAUUCUAGUUUUGCUGUGACAGGCGGCUGCUCUGUCAGCUGUUAUUUCCUUUGCCAGCCAGUGUCAUUUUCUUCACUACCCAUAGGUGUGGAUAUGGAGUUGACAGUGUAAGACAGAUGCACGACUAAUAUUUCUUCUCAUUGAUUCCUGUCAUGCCUCUCUCCAGUUCUGUUGCAAAGCUGUAUCAUAUAUUUUUGUUUAAGAUGUUUUAACUUACACAAGCAAAUAAAUAUAUUUUGAGAAACUGCUCUUUAAGUACUUUUGCUUGUCAUGUCAUUUACCGAAUUAUAAAACUAAAAAUGUGUAUUUUAGGUGCAGUAAUUCUUCUUGGCCAUCAUCAGUUCUAACGGUCUAUAUUCCUGCAGCUUCUGCUCAUUUGUGCUGAGGAUGUAGUGCAGACAGCAUUUAAUAUAUGUAUGACUAUUUGAAUAUUAUUAUUAUCAUUGUCACCACCAUGAUUUUUUUUUUGGUCAGUAUUAUGAAAGUUAGUCUUGUUUCUUUCUUUGAGUAGUUGUCAAAUAAGAUUUCCUAAAAUAUGGCGUUCUAAGAAAGCUGACUGAAAUUGUUUUUUUUUUAAUAUUUACUUUUAAAAGAUCUUGGUAAGCUAAAUAAAACUUUAAAACAUUA